GUUAAAUCAUGCUCCAAGUUAUCUCGUGUGUCUAAAAUCAUGCGACUUCCCCGCUUUGCUGCAUCCGAUAUUAUCAGUCCAAGAUGUGCUGGAUCCCCACUCCCAGUAGUUAUACAUAUAAUUUCGCCAAAGGAUAACCAUGCUCUUCUCCUCUUGUUCAGCAUUACUCUGUACAGCGAGGAUGUAAAAGUGCAAUUAUGCUUCCUGAACGCUUUCAACAAAAAGAACUGGACCAUUUGAGCAGUCAAAACGCCAUAUAGUUAGCCUCCAUAACCCCGCCCCCCCCUGCAAGAGAGGGAUACCAGGUCCAACAACCCAGAAGAGAAGAUCACCUUCAGCUGAGAAAUUCGAAACGGGAAAUAAUCGGCCUUAGAGGGUACCACCACGGACGAUUGACACACAC